AUGACAGCAACUUCAACAGCAACCUCAACAAUAACAACGACUACUCUUAACUCGAAUAAAGCGUCUACCACCGGCAGCACAAUAUCAGCUUCUAUUGUCUCAAUAUCACCUACCUCCACGAGCAGCGCCGUUUCAAAUAACUCAACCUCAAACACGGUCAGUGUCGCUGCCAUUGCUGGUGGGGUUGGUGGCGGUGUCGCUGCUGUUGCCAUCGUCGCGGGCAUUCUUUGGUUCUGUUUACGUCGUCGCCGGAAUAAGAACAAAAGACCCAGCGAUAAUCUCAUAUUCGAAGAGGCGCCUCCAUACGCUGCUACUAUAACCGAGUCCUUUGCGAAGGUUAGGGGGCCUCCCAUGUCAGAACUCGACAGUACGAAGAACGUCGGAGUGGUUGAGUUACCUGGGCAUGCCAUAGCUGACUCGGUAAAGUAUAACCGAUUCUAA